AUGGAACGUUGUGAUGAAUGUAAUCAACAACUUGAAGGAAAAUGGUGCAAUAAUUGUGAUGCAUAUAAAUUUUUAGAAGAAAGUAAAACAAUUGGCUAUCAUAAGGAACUUCAUAAAUUAACUAAAAAAGAGAGAUUUCAAUUUAGGCGGUACGGUAUAUGCCCGAAUUGUAAACAAUUGAAGGUCGACUAUGAAUUAUGCCAUGAAUGCGAUAAAAGUUAUAGUGAAUGUAAUAAAUGCAGACGACCGUAUGUUGCUUCCGGGGAGGAAUGGUGCAAUUAUUGCGAUACUAAAAGAUUUUUGGAAGAAAGUGAAACUAUCGGAUAUCAUAAGAAAUUGCAUCAAUUAUCUAAGGAGGAGAAGAUUCAGUUUAGAAUAUAUGGAAUAUGUCCCGAUUGUGUUCAAUUAAGAAUUGAUUCCAGAUCAUGUAUUAACUGUAGACGUCAUAGAUGUGGUGAAUGCAAUACUUCUAAAGACGAAACGUGGUGUGAUAAUUGUGAUGCCAAAAGGUUUUGGGAAGAAAGUGAAACUCUCGGAUAUCAUAAGAAAUUAGAUCAAUUAUCAAAGGAUGAGAAAAUUCAAUUUAAGCUAUAUGGAAUAUGUACCAAAUGUAUACAACUAAAAAUUGACCCCAGAUCAUGUGCCAACUGUAUGUUUGGCAGAUGUGAUGAAUGCAAGCAACCAUAUAUUUCCGAAGAGAAAUGGUGUAAUGAUUGUGACACUAAAAGUUUCAUGGUAGAAAGUAGAGUUAUUGGAUAUUGUAAAGAACUCAAAGAUUUAUCUAAAGCAGAGAAAUUUCUAUUUAGACAAUAUGGAAUAUGUCAUGAUUGUAAGCAACUAAAUACUGGCUAUGGAUUAUGUAUUGACUGUUAUAAAAGUUACAGUAAAUGUCAAGAAUGCAAACGACCAUAUUUUUAUGAGGAAUGGUGCAAUUUUUGUGACAAUAAAAUAUUCUUGGAAGAAAGUAAAAUCAUUGGGUGUUAUAAGAAUUUAAAUGACUUCACCAAGGAUGAGAAAGUUCAUUUUAAAAAAUAUGGAAUAUGUCCCGAUUUUGCACUUAAAGAAAUAAACCUUGAUUCCAAGAUGGCGAGUGUUGCUCUCAACAAUGAGAUAAAUAUACAUAAUCUCUGUCAAAAUUCUCCUCUUAGUACUAUCAUAAGAUUUUAUGGAAUUUCAAAGAAUCCAAAUACAGGAAAUUUUAUCAUGGUAUUAGAAUAUGCUGAAGAUGGUAGCUUGAGAGAAUCCCUUGAUAGAUCUUUCCAAGGAUUAACUUGGAAGAAGAAAUUAGAAAUGAUGAAGACUAUUGUGGAUAAUCUUGAGACGAUUCAUAAUUUGGACCUGAUACAUAGAGAUUUACAUCAUGGAAAUAUACUUCAACUUUCAAGUGGUAAAUUAAGUAUUUGUGAUUUAGGACUUUCUCAAUCAAUAUAUGAAAUUGAUAAAUAUGGGGUGUAUGGUGUAUUACCUUACAUGGCACCUGAAAUUUUACGAGGACAACGUUAUACCAAAGCUUCUGAUAUUUAUGGAUUUGGAAUCAUAGCGUAUGAAAUAAUUACUGGUUUACCUCCUUAUCAUGACAUUGAUCAUAAUUACUUGGCUUUACCUAUUUGUGGUGGAUUAAGACCCAAAUUUAAUAUUAAAGUACCCCAAUCUAUUUCAGAUUUAAUUAACAAAUGUUUAGAUGCAAACCCAUUAGAACGACCAACAGCAAAUGAAUUAUCUAAUCAAUUGUUUAACCUUAUAAAUGAUUCUUCUAAUGAAGGAGAUAAAUGA